CCUAGGGCCGGAAGCAGGAAGGAGGGCGCAGGAAGCAGGGUGCAGUGGCCAGUCGCGCUGUCGGCCGUGAGUCUGUCGGUCCCGAGGGCAGGAUGGAGAAGCUGCGGCUCCUGGGCCUCCGCUACCAGGAGUACGUGACUCGUCACCCGGCCGCCACGGCCCAGCUGGAGACAGCAGUGCGGGGCCUCAGUUACCUGCUGGCAGGUCGUUUCGCCGAUUCGCACGAGCUGUCGGAGCUGGUGUACUCUGCCUCUAACCUGCUGGUGCUGCUCAAUGACGGGAUCCUACGAAAGGAACUUCGAAAAAAGUUGCCUGUGUCACUGUCCCAGCAGAAGCUGCUGACAUGGCUGAGUGUGCUGGAGUGCGUGGAGGUCUUCAUGGAGAUGGGGGCCGCCAAAGUGUGGGGUGAAGUGGGACGUUGGCUCGUCAUUGCCCUCAUCCAGCUGGCCAAGGCUGUACUGCGGAUGUUCCUGCUGAUCUGGUUCAAAGCUGGCCUCCAGACAUCACCCCCCAUCGUUCCACUGGACAGGGAGACCCAGGCACAGCCCCAGGAUGGUGACCACAGCUGUGGCAGCGGAGAGCAGUCAUAUGUGGGGAAGCGGUCAAACCGAGUGGUGCGAACCCUCCAGAACACUCCGUCCCUGCACUCAAGGCACUGGGGAGCCCCCCAGCAGCGGGAGGACCAGCAGCAGCAGCAGCGUGAGGAGCUGAGCAUCCCCCCAACCCCGCUGGGGCUGCAGGAGACCAUCGCCGAGUCCCUGUAUAUUGCCCGGCCCCUGCUGCACUUGCUCAGCCUGGGCUUGUGGGGUCAGCGGUCGUGGACACCCUGGCUCCUGUCUGGUGUCGUGGAUGUGACCAGCCUGAGCCUCCUGAGUGACAGGAAGGGCCUGACCCGGAGGGAGCGGCUGGAACUGCGACGCCGGACCAUCCUGCUGCUCUACUACCUGCUGCGCUCCCCGUUCUAUGACCGCUUCUCGGAGGCCAAGAUCCUCUUUCUGCUUCAGCUCCUGGCAGACCACGUCCCAGGCAUUGGCCUGGUCACAAGGCCGCUCAUGGAUUACUUGCCCACCUGGCAGAAAAUUUAUUUCUACAAUUGGGGCUGACAGCCGUUGCACGAGCGGGGUGUGGGAGGGGCAGGGAAGCCUCAGUCCCUCAGUCCCCUGUGCCCUAAUAAAACUGACUCUGGCCGUGUGCAA